AUGUCACACCUUUGUCGUGACUCAUCAGACGAGCGUGAACAGGUCGGUCAUGCGACUGGUACUAGCUUCUCGAUCUCAGAAUCACCACUCUACGCGGCUGGCGAAUUUAUGCUGAAAAGUGCCAAAGCGAGUGUCGCCUUAUUCCACGGCUUGAUACUCAUCAAGUACUCUGACAGGAUCAGUGCAAAGCUAGAAUAUCAAGAAGCCAAAUUACUUGGAGAAGCAGCACUUCUGAACGAAAAUGAAACUUCCUAA